AUGGCCGAGCCACCCCCAGAACCCGCAAACCCCCCUACAACCUCGGCGCCCGCCGCGCAACAGUCCACAACCUCCCGCCGCCCCUACACCAACAUCUUUGCCGUCCCGGAGCCCAUCCGCCGCCUCUUCAAGCGCUUUCCCCUCCGGACAUAUCCCGAAAACGGCCUUCCGGUACGCUGUGCGAUAGCCCCGAAGGAGGUGCCCGUUCUCUUCGUCUUUGCCGAUGACGAGGCUGCUAGGGCCGGCGCGCCGAGCUUCAACCCGACAUGUCUAAAGUGGCAGACAUUACUUAAAAUCUCCGGCAUCCAAUUCCACAUCCACCCCUCCAACAACCACGCCUCCCCCACCGGCGCCCUCCCCUUCCUCCUCACCCCCUCCCAAACUACCAUCCCAGCCUCGAAACUCUCCCUCUACGUCGCCACGCACGCAACGACCCCCGCGUCGACGACUCCCCCGCCACGCGCAGAAACCUACCUCUCCCUCCUCGACUCGGCCCUCCGCCCCGCCUACCUCUACGCCCUCUACCUCUCUAAAUCGAACGCGCCUCUCCUCGCCUCCCUCUACCUCGACUCUUCCCUACCCCGCCCCGUCCGCGCUUCGAUAACGCACACCCUUCGAACCGCCGCCGAAGAGGAAAUCCUCACAUCUACGCGCCGCCAGGCCCUCGACCCGCCUUACAUCUACGCUGAAGCGGAGGCGGCGCUGGUUGCGUUGCGAGACGUCCUGGAGGCUUCGGAGACGGAGUGGUUCUUUGGAGAGAAGGAGACGACGGUGUUUGAUGCCGCGGUAUUUGCCUAUACGAAUGUUUUGCUGGAUGAGAGGCUGGCGUGGGGCGAUGCCAGGUUAACCGAGGUGGUGAGAGCGUUCGAGGCACUUGUUGCGCAUAGGGAGAGGAUUCUAGGGAGGUAUUGGCCUGAAUUGAUAUGA